CAGACCGGCUAUGUCAGCAGAUGCUCUUAGCUGCAUGUCUAGUCCGUAGCUUCAAGAAACUUGGGCUAAAAAGUGUGUACUUUGGUGAUGUAUCUUUCUGAAAUAGUAGUAACUUGCCUUAAGAAGUUACAGAUGCAGUAUCGUCUUGUUUGGCACUCGUAUUCUGAAUUCCUGAUACUGGUUGUACCAUGAACGCCGCAUCCGCCUCCCCGGCCCGCUGCCUCUCGCCUUCCUCCGCCGCGCUCCCCCGUCGCCGCCUCCUCGCCCCCGUCACUGCGAGGCCGCCGCCGACGCCGCUGCGGCGCUGCAUCCCGUUCCACCGGAUGGCGCAAUUUUGGACUCAAGGAUCACUGGACAAGAACAAAGCUCUGGUCGAGUACCUAAAGCAGUAUGGUGCUGUUAGAACUGAUGAAGUGGCUGAAGUAAUGGAAACAAUUGAUAGAGCAUUAUUUGUACCAGAGGGUGCCCCUUACAUUGACAGUCCUAUGCCUAUUGGUUACAAUGCGACAAUAUCUGCUCCUCACAUGCAUGCAACCUGCUUAGAACUAUUGAAGGAUCAUUUGCAGCCAGGCAUGCAUGCUCUGGAUGUUGGAUCAGGUAGUGGCUACUUGACAGCUUGUUUUGCAAUGAUGGUUGGACCGGAAGGUCGUGGGGUAGGAAUUGAACACAUUCCUCAGAUUGUUGCUUCUUCUAUUGAAAAUGCCCAAAGAAGCGCUGCAGCUCCAUUACUGAAGGAUGGAUCGCUUUCUUUUCAUGUUGCAGAUGGCAGGCUUGGCUUUCCAGACGCAGCACCCUAUGACGCUAUCCAUGUCGGCGCGGCGGCACCGGAGAUCCCUCAGCCUCUGCUCGAGCAGCUGAAGCCUGGCGGCCGGAUGGUCGUUCCUGUAGGCAGCUACUUCCAGGACCUGCAGGUGGUGGACAAGAACGCCGACGGAUCGAUCAGCGUCCGGAACGACGUGUCCGUGCGCUACGUCCCUCUAACCAGCCGCUCUGCUCAGUUGCAAGACCCCUGAUUAAGGUCCCUUUGCUAUGGUCUAUGGACCUCGAAGUGUCUGUACAUAUAUAUGAUCGCUACGAUCGGACCUCCUCGUGUUUCUUCUGAAUAUCUAGGUGGUUUCGGUUUGGUGAUGUUUAGCUAACAACGUUGUAGAACGUUAGAAACAGUUGUUAAGGUUUUUGAUUUGAUUUUCUUCAUAAUAGAGAUUAAUUUUCUUCUUUUUU